AUGCCUGCAACCGCUUUACAUAAAUUUAUAACGUUCAUAGGAUUAAUGUCGAUAUUACAUACAGCUUAUUCAGCUGCCCAGCGUACGUACUACAUUUGUGAUUAAAAUUUCUCGAGCGAACAUGCUUUCUUAAUAUUUUUUAGGUUAAGUUGUUUGAAUUUUAAACUAUUUUUGUGAAAUAUAAUUUACAGAUCGUUCGUAUUUACGAAUAACAGAACAAGAAUUCAUUGCCUUACCAAUUGAUGUACGUAUAAAAUAUUUACAAACGAUAGCAUACAAAAUAUUUACAAAACGUAAAAAAAUUGGUUAUGUUUUUGUUAUAGAUUUUAAUACAGGGUAUUAUCAGUUUAUUUAUGAUUAUGUAUGGAGUAAUGUAUAUUGCCGGUGAUUUUAAAGAAAUUCGAGCAGUGGUUGAUCUAGAAAAUAAAUCUUGGGAAACAUUAAGAAAUCUUUCGUCAUUCCAGAUAUUCAGUCAUCGUGGAAAAUCUUUAGCAUCCACAUCCUAG